AGGAACAAUAUCUUAAUUAUUCGGAUGUAAAAGCUUGUUUUGAAUUAACAUUGUAUAAUGAAACAAAGGCGAUUCAGUACGAUGUCGCAAAUCUUAUUGGAGAAUUAAGAGAUGGUCAUACUUGGCUCCUUUCUGAUAAUUAUCACAAGUAUACAUUUUAUCAGGGAUUAUCCAUGUAUUCUGUAAUUAAGAAAGAUGGCACACAGCAAAUUAAAGUUUUUAAUGAUGUAAAAGAUCCUAGUACUAUUGAUUGCCAAGUUAUAGAGAUAGAUGAUAGGCCAGCAAUUGAAGUGAUUACCGAAUUUGCUAGGAAUAAAACAUAUUGGUCAAAAGAUUUAAGUGCUCGAUUUAAUUCAGCUCUCGCAUCACUUACUUUUGGAAAUGGUGAUUUUCAAAUUUCAGGACAAUUCUUCACAGCUCGUACCCAGUUACCAACAAAUCCAAGUAUUUCUUAUACACUCAAAUGUAAUGAUAAAAUUUCGAAAAUUACUCGAAAAUGGCAAGUUCCUAUUAAAGAUAAAUCUCUAUCAAUUUCGCAAUAUAAAUCUCCAUACAUUAAUGGGACGUCAGUCGGAGAAGCAACUCUGAUUUUUGACGCAUUCAUUGCAAGAUUUUAUAUAUUACAAAAUUUUGGUGUAGUCUUAAUUUCGACCGAAGAGACUUUAAACAAUGAUAAUGACCUUGAAUAUCGUUUUCUGAAUGAUUUAACUGCUGGAUUUAAAUUACUUGCAGAUAAAGGAAUAAAAAAGAUAAUUUUAGAUUUAAGUAAUAAUUCGGGUGGCUUAAUUUUUGUUGCACACUAUAUAAAUAAGCUCUUAUUUCCUAACAUACAAAAUUUUCCGUUAGAUCUAAAGGUUAAUCAUAUUUCUAUCCCAUUUAUAGAGGAAUUUGCAAAGCUUAAGCUUUAUGGAGCUGUAUUUGAUUAUAAGACAUAUAUUUCUGUAAAGACAAACACUUCAUUUGAUAAUGUUAUGGACUUUAUUGGGAAUAAUAUAUAUACCCGCGGCGGUGUUCAAGUUAAAUAUACCACAAAGGCAUUUUUUAAUGAUACAACACUUUACACUGGACUUUUAAAAUUUCCAACUCCCCCAACACUUCCAUGGAAGGAGAAAGAUAUCAUAAUUUUAACAAAUGGAAUAUGUCAAUCAUCAUGCGCAAUUAUAACUCAAAGAUUGGCAGAAAUUAAUGUUCCCACAAUCUCUGUUGGUGGAUUUCCGGAUAAUCCUUUUUCUUUUGCUCAAUAUGCUGUUGGAACGGCAACAAAUACUAUUUUUAUUAAUCAGCUUCUUGAAAAUUUAAGGCUUAAGAAUCUUGAUGCUUCAUUAAUUUCUAAAUUGACAUUUCCUCCAAAUUUAACUAUGGGUUUUACAAUAGCUGAAGCCUACAGUAUCAAUAAUCCAGAUGAAGUUAUGGAUUAUACUUUUAGACCCGCAGAUUAUCAAUUAUAUUAUGAUGAACGGAGUGCUAGAGAUCCGAGCUGUUUAUGGAUACAAGCUGCAAAAUACAUUGAGGAAUAA